AUGGCGAAUAGUCAAUGGUGCAAUAUGUUUAAAGAAGCAAACAUCCAGGUUCUAACUGCACGUUCCUCGGACCAUAAACCUUUGCUACUAAGUUUGACUAAUCCGUUGCAGGGGCAUGUCACAUGUAGGAGGGGGUUUAAGUUUGAAAUGAGCUGGACACUGGAUGAGGAUUACCAUAAAAUCAUAGAAGAGGCAUGGAAUACCGAGACAUGUAGAACGGCACGACAAAAGCUCCAUCAAUGCAGCAAAAAGCUUAUAUCUUGGAGUAAAAUGAAGUUGGGCAACACUGAUGCCAUUAUUCAGCAAAAAACCAAGAGCUUGAGGAAUUGCAGAGGGAUGAAAGGCCUGAAAAUGGAGAAGCAAUCAAACAAAUCAAAGGAGAUAUUGAGCUGUUACUUGAACAAGAGGACGUACGGUGGAGACAACGAGCCAAGCAAAAUUGGUAUAAAGCCGGAGACCGUAAUACGAAGUACUUUCACGCUUGGGCAAACCAACGGCGAAGAACAAACAGAAUCCUCAAGGUGA